CGCCCGCUGCAAAUACCUGCUCUUUGCCAAAGUCAGUAUCUAUGUAUGAUUAGCUUAGAACUGCAUGCAAUUUAUCCACGAAAUGGGAAGUUCUGUAGUUUGUAAGUAUGACAGUACUUGAAUUUUCAAAAUUCUUGAGGCUUGUUAUAGUUUAACUUUUCACUCAAGSUCUCGUGAACGACGCUCAAAAUUUCUUUGUCAUGACAAUGAAGGUAUCCUCUGUCGAUAAGACGUUACCUCAGUCGUACCAUAUAUAGUCGAUCGCGCGCUAUGCAGUUUAUUUAUAAGUGUUACUGAUUCAAGCACAAAAUGCCAUACUUUCUUAUAUUUYGUAUUGAUUUUUUUGUUUGUAUUUUUUAUCUUGUAUGUUUAAUUUUCGUUACCAAUGAAAAUGAUAAUGGCCCACUUAACCACCUGUAUAGUAUGUAACUACUAUUAUAAACACUCGUGAAGCUAGACGAGCAAGUACUAAUCGAUCUUCAUGAACUGAGAUCUUCACGUGUACAGAGUGAAAAAUGGAAAAGGAAUCUUGGAUCCCAAAGCGAUACAUCCUCUCAGGUUUGAUCUUUCUAGGUUUCUUUAACAUGUAUGCAUUGAGAGUCAACUUAAAUGUGGCGAUCGGAGCGAUGGCUAAGAAUCACACGAUUUUGCUCAACGGACAUGAGGUKGAAGAGGAAGCUGAAUUUAAAUGGAGUUCGAGAUUACAAGGUGUCGUGCUUGGCUCUUUCUACUAUGGUUACAUCGCACUCCAAAUAGUAGGAGGAGGUCUGGCGAUCAAGCUGGGAGCGACUCGUCUUUACGGCCUGUCGUUAUUCACGGCAUCUUUCCUCACCUUGCUCACGCCCAUGGUAACGAGAUGUAGUGUUUAUCUGUUGGUAGUGAUACGAAUAAUAGAAGGACUUGUCUUGAAAUGGGCGCCAUCAUCAGAACGUGCAACACUGCUGACCAUUAGUGUUGCAGGAUGUACAAUUGGUAGCGUUGCUACGAUGCCGAUCACAGGAUUAUUAACCAUGACGGGCUAUGAUGGUGGAUGGCCAUUGGUCUUUUAUUGUUUUGGUCUGUCAGGAAUGCUCUGGUAUACAUUAUGGUUAUUUUUGGUAUACGAGACGCCAAGUGAACACCCAACGAUCUCGGUAAAAGAAAAAGAAUACAUCGAACAGACUGCAGUCAGCGGAGAGGAGUCAAAAGGCGAAAUACCAUGGAGAAAGCUUCUGACAUCACAUCGAGUAUGGGCCAUAACUGCUGCUGCUUUCGCUGCUGACUGGGGAUUAUACGUGCUUCUGAUCUGCAUGCCGUUAUACUUACUUGACAUCGUACACUUUGACUUACAACAGAUGGGUUUCGUGGCAGCCGUACCGUUCCUGUUCAAAAGCUUCUCAUGUCCUUUUGGUGGCUUCUUAUCGGACUUUCUGUUGCGUCGUGGAUUUUUGAGUAUAUUAGGUGCAAGGAGAUUGUUCUUUACUUUAGGUGCCACUACUUGUAUUUACCUCCUACUCGCCGGCUAUACUAAAGACUCUACUCUGAUAGUAUUUUACAUCGCCCUGGCUGGUUUCGCAUCGGGCCUGACGUAUGCAGGUUUCCAUGUCAACAUGCUAGACAUCGCUCCACGUAAUGCCUCAAUUAUCAUGGGUUUAUGUAACACUGUUGGUGGAACUACAGGAUUCAUCACACCAAUGAUGGUGGGAUUCCUUACUAGAGGRAAGACGGCGCAAGAAUGGAAGACAGUGUUUUGGAUAACACUGAUGAUCUACAUUUGUUGCACGAGUCUAUUUUGUAUAUUUAUAACAGAUAAGCGACAGGAAUGGGAUAAACCCAGCUACGAAGUGAUUCCAGAACUAUCGCUCUCUAUUGUAGAACUAGACCAUGAAGAUUCGCUAGAGAAGAAGAACGAAAAUGAAAAAAUCGGAGAUCCAGGUCAAGAAGACUCUGUGGAAAAUAACGGUGAAAAGGAUAAAAACGAAUAACAAGCACACAUGUGGACGCUCACCGAUAAACUAAUCGUAAUACCUUGMUUUCCUGGAAAUGGAAGACUGAACUUCAUGUGUGUAAAAAGAUAAAAAUUAAUAUUCUAAUUUCAUUUUUAAAAAUAUAAUUUUUGUGAAAAGUUAUAUAUUUUUUAUAUACAAGAAUACGUAGAGGUUGUGGUGUAAUACCACGAGCUGUCUGUGYUUGUAACAUACGCUCUUGCGCAAGUUGUGUGUGUGUGUUUUUUUUUGGUUAACGGCAAUCUUUUUUUAACAAGAAAUUCAGGUUGUGUGUAUGUAGUAUUAAUGUCAUGUUGUUAUUUAUGUGUACACUGAAUAUCUGACAUGUUAUUGUAAAGAAAAGUGUCAACAAAUACGGACAAAGAAAACAUAUUAAGUAUUAUUUAAAAAGGCUGACAAGCACAAGAACCAACAGAGGUUGGCUUUCAUUGUCAAUAAACAAGUCAUAGCACAGCUAAGAGUGAUGUGUGGCUGGGAAGUCCAGGUCUAYAUAUCUAACCCUGAUCUGACACAAAAAAUACAGCGCUGACUUAGUUUUUGCAUAGAAGGAUUAUAGAACUGUACGCUUUAAAAAAGUACAAGUUUUUUCAGUUUGCUUUUGUAUAAAUUUAUUGAAUAAAUAAACAUUGCGAACGUA